AUGGAUGAACAUCAUGUCCCCCCUGCCAUCUCAUCCACUGAAGGGCAUGAUCUCUGUGAGACAGAUGUCCCCAGCGUGGCCACACACAGUGUGACACUGCUCAUCUGCCUCUGUGGGCUGGCUGGGAACCGGGCUGUGAUCUGGGUCCUUGGGUUCCGCAUCCACAGGGACACCAUGAAACACAUAACUGCCUACAUCCUUGACCUGGCCAUCAUCAACUUCCUCUUUCUCAUCUUCAUGGUCCCCUCCACUUUGCUCUUCCUGCAGGAGGAUUUCUCCUGUUCCUCCAUCAUGUCCCCAGCAUCCAUACGCUUCCUUUUCCUCCUCUUCCCUAUGUUCCACAGCGUAGGGCUGUACCGGCUGAUGGCCAUCAGCAUCGAGAGGGGCAGGUCCAUGCUCUGCCCACCUGGGCUCUUCUGCCACCUUCCCCAGGACCUCUCAUGGGUGGUGGUCAGUGCCAUGCUCUGGGCCCUUUCCAUCACUGCCAUCGCUGCCAUUUCUGCGGUGAAUUCCCUGUGCCAGUCACAGGAACACAAGCUCUGCUGCCGCGGGGCUCUCAUCUCCCUGUACAUCCUCAACUUCCUCGUCUUUGCUCCAUCCAUGGUCAUUUCCAGCACAAUCCUCUUCAUUCACUUCAAGGGUAGCUCCCAGCAGCAGCAAUCCAAGAGCCUUGACAUCAUUGUCUUCCUGGCUGUGCUCCUCACUCUCCCCCUCAGUCUCUGGAAUUUCCUGCAGCAGCUCGGCUACACCACUGUGUCCCCCCGGGUUGUUCUCCUGUUUGCCUGCAUGCACAGCAGCAUCAACCCCUUCAUCUACAUCUCAGUAACAAAGUGCUGGAGGCGCUGCUCCAUGGGGUCCCUCAGGGAGUGCCUCCAGAAGUUGUUUGAGGAGCCAGAAGGGAGCACUGCCCCCAGUAAUGAUGCCACCAUGGACACAGGCCCCUCUCAGAGGCUUGGAGAGCCCAAGGGAGCUGCUGAGGAGCCACAUGGUCCAUCCCUGGAUUCUCCAAGCACUGACUGCCCAUCCACUCUGACCACAGCCAGGGGCCACAUCCCACUGCCUGCCCAGCAUCCAUCCAUGGAGGUGAGCACCGUGUCCCCAUCUCCUGCCUCACCCACUGAAGGAGAUGAUCUGUGUGAGACAGAUGUCACCAGCGUGGCCAUACACAGUGUGACACUGCUCAUCUGCCUCUGUGGGCUGGCUGGGAACGGGGCUGUCAUCGGCCUCCUCAGCCUGAUAUUCAAAAACAAUGGCAUCUUUAAUCUGGCUCUUGUCGACUUCCUCUUCCUCCUCUUUGCGGUCCCCUCUGCCCUCCUCAUCCUGGUGGAGGACGUGUCCUGCUCUCCUGUCUUGCCCUUGAUGUACAUGAACUUCGUUUUCCAGCUCUCAGUUUUCUCCUGCUACUGGGCACUGUACCGGGUGACAUUCGGCAACAAUGAGCGAUAUAUGCGGAACUUCUCCAAGCUCUGCUGCCGCUGUGACCCUCCUCUGCGCCUGCUGUGGGUGCUGGUCAAUAUCAGAUACUGGGCCUUCUUUGCUGUCUUCACUGUCAUUCCCUCGGUGACAUUCCUGUGCCCAUCACACCAGCAGGAGCACUGCCGGGCAGCUCUCAUCUCCAUGUACCUCAUCAUCCUGCUCCUCAUUGCUGCACCCAUGCUCGUUUCAAGCACAGUCGAUUUCAUUAGGGCCAAGUGGGGCUCCCAGCAGCAGCAGCCCGAGAGGCGCGACAUCGUUAUCUUCGUCAUUGGGCUCUUGGCUCUCAUCCUCAGCCUCUGGAAUUUCCUGCAGGAGUUCGGUUACAUCACUGUGCCCUCCCAGGUUGUUUUCCUGCUCGCCUGCAUCCACAGCAGCAUCAAACCCUUCAUCUACUUCUUGUUGGGGAGGUGCUGGAGGCCCUGCUCCAUAAAGUCCCUCCGGCUCUCCCUCCAGAGGGUCUUUGAGGGGCAGAAAAUAAAAACUGCACACAAAAAUGAUGCCACCAGGGACACUCAGGUGUGA